UCUGAAGUAACUGGCAAACUUGACCGGCUAGCAGAUACAAUAGCUUCCCUGCAGCUUCAACUCCUAAAUAGGCAAAAAGACAGUGAUGAUGAAGGAUCCAUACUGGGCAAGCAUAGGCUUCAGUUACAGCAAGAGCAGGCAAGCAAGCAAAACAAUCACUAUAUGAAUCCAGCCCCAAAGAUUGAAUUUCCCAGGUUUGAUGGUUCCAACCCCAGAGCUUGGAUUUUAAAAUGCAGUGGUUAUUUCAAGUUAGUGCCUAAUAUCUCUAAAACCCAGAAAGUCAUACUUGCUUCAAUGCACUUAGAAGGCAAAGCUGCUUUAUGGUUCCAAAACCUAAGUGCAAAACAACCUGAAUUGAAUUGGAGUCAAUUUGUUGAAAUAGUGUCAGCAAGGUUUGAAGAGCUGAAAGAGGUUAAAAUUAUUGCUAAAUUUAACAAGUUAAGGCACACAGGUUCUUAUGCUGAUUAUGUUGACAAAUUUGAGGAGUUGAAGGCAUGUAUGCAACUCAUGAAUCAGGGGGAGUUUUCUGAAGAAUAUUUCAUAGCUAGUUUUAUUAGUGGGCUCAGUGAGGAAUUACAGGCAUUUCUACACAUGUUUAAUCCAAAAACUCUACAACAAACAAUUGAGCUGGGUCAGCAACAACUCCACACACUGGAUGCUAUCACAAAGAGAGUAAAGAACACUCAAAGAACAUACUCACAGCUGCAACACCCAAACACUCAGAAAGCCACCCCAAACAAUAACCCCAUUCAGAGGGCACCCCAGACUCCUUUUCAGAAAGCAAACUUUAAACUGCUUACCUCCUCUGAAAUGGCUGCAAGAAGAGAGAAGGGCUUGUGUUAUAAUUGUGAUGAGAAGUUUGUACCAGGGCACAGAUGCAAGCACAGGAUAAAUUAUAUGAUAAUGACUGAAGAUGAAGAGUUAUCAUAUUUUCAGUAUGAGAAUGUGAGUAACUUAGAAAAUACUGAGAACAAUGAAGCCAUUGAGGAAGUGCACAUAUCCUUGAAUACUAUGGUGGGUGAAGGGGGUUUGACCACUCUGAGGUUUUAUGGAUACAUUGGGGAUAAGAGGUUACACAUUCUACUGGACACUGGGAGCACCUUAAGCUUUAUCAAAGAAUCUACAGCCAAAUCAUUGGGGUGUUCAUUAAAUCCAGUUAAACCAUUGAAGGUGAAAGUGGCCAAUGGACAGAAACUUAUCAGUCACUUACAGGCUACUGAUCUCAGUUGGGAUAUGCAAGGACAAGAAGUGACACACUCUCUUAGGGUGCUGCAAAUUGAAGGAAGUGACAUCAUUCUGGGAGGAGAUUGGCUUAGGACCUGUACUCCCAUUGAGUUAGAUUACAACACCAUGACAGUUACUAUUAACUUAAAAGGAAAGAAGGUUAUAUUGCAGGCCUUAAACCCAGAGGCCAGUUGCCACUUAAUUUCUGAGCACUCAUUACUCA